AUGAAGUUCUCUCAAGUAGCCUUUCCCUUGCUCGGGGUCUUCGCCUCCUGUGUAGGCGCACUCUCAGACGCAUCCAUCGUCUCGGGCGCCUACAUCGUUGAACUCAAUGGCGAGGACGAUGCCAGCUCGUUGUAUGACGAGCUCCGUGCCAACGCCAUCGAAGUCCAGCACCGCAAGAACCUCAACUACAAACUCUUCAAGGGCGCUUCCUUCCGUGUAUCCAAUGUGACCGAGUCGGAAGCCGAGGCGAUCAAGAACCAGAUCUUCGGCAAGUCUCAAGUCAAGAAUAUCUGGCCCGUCCGGAAGAUCCAGUUUCCCCAACCGACGCCCAUAUCCACCGGCGGCAACAGCACAUCCGCAGCAGCAGCGGCGAAUGCUUUCUUGAAGCGCCAAACCAACGAAAAUGACACCUUCACCCCGCACGUCAUGACCCAAGUCAACAAGCUGCGUGCCGAGGGCAUCACAGGCAAGGGCAUCAAAAUCGGUGUUGUCGACACGGGCGUCGACUAUACGCACCCGGCCCUGGGUGGUUGUUUCGGCCCCGGCUGCGCCAUCUCAUACGGCUACGAUCUCACAGGCGACGACUACGUCUCGGACACGGACGAGCCCAUCCCGGACCCGGACCCCUUGGACACGUGCCAGGGCCACGGAACGCACGUAACGGGCAUCAUCAUGGCCAACUCGAAGGAACUCGACUUCACGGGCGCGGCGCCCGACGUGACGCUGGGCAUGUACAAGGUUAGUUCAUGCGCCGGAUACACGACCAACGAUAUUUUGAUCCAGGCGUUUAACCAGGCGUUUGAGGAGGGGAGUGAUGUUAUCUCGUGCUCGGUGGGGGAUGAUUCCGGGUGGGCGACUGAUGUUUGGGCCGAGGCGGCGUCGCGUAUUGCGGAUGCGGGUGUGGCUGUUGUGGUUGCGCUCGGGAACUCGGGGAGCCUGGGUAUGUGGGCGGCGGCUUCUCCAGCUUCGGGGAGUAGUGUUGUGGCCGUCGGUUCCGUGGAUAACACCGUCUUGCCUAGGAUACUGGCGGGUGCGUCUUACUCGGUGGAUGGAAACGAUCCGGCUGCGUUUGGAUGGUACAAUGGAUAUCCCAGCCUCAUCGAUGCUGAAGUCACGUUUUCCUUGUGGUUGAUGCCUAAUGGCACAGCGUCGGCCGGUGCCUGCGAGCCGUUGUCUGAUGAUACACCCGACUUGUCGGACAGCCUUGUGUUGCUCAAGUUGUCUUUGGCCUGCCCUGCCGACCAGCAGGCUGCGAACAUUGUUGCCAAAGGCGGACAGUACCUCAUGUUCUACCCUGAGUUGCAGCAUGACUUCUCCAACAUUUACAUUUACACCGACGGCAUCAAAGGCGCUGGCAUACUCAGCCCCGCCCAAGGCCUUGCCUUUGUCGACCUCCUCUCCACCGGCGAGAAUAUCACCGUCACCCUCAAACCACCCAAUGAAUCAGACCCGUUCGUGGAAAACUUGAGCAACGGUCAAAACGCGGGCUACACCGCCGCGUCGAGCAGCUGGGGCCCGACGUGGGAAGUCGAAAUUAAGCCCCAGUUCACCGCACCCGGCGGCAUGAUCCUGUCCACAUACCCCAUGAACAUGGGCGGGUACGCCGUGCUGCCGGGUACUUCUAUGGCGACGCCCCUCGUGGCGGCCGUGUUUGCCCUCGUCGGACAAGCCCGGGGCACGCUCGAUGCCAAGGCCAUCCGUGAGGUCAUCUCAGCGACUGCCAAGCCCCUCGCGUGGAAUGACGGCACGGCAGCGUUCGAUCUCCCCGCGCCCGUGGCUCAGCAGGGCGCGGGAAUGGUCCAGGCUUAUGAUGCCGCCCAUGUUGUUGGCAUCCCUAGCGUGAGCAGCUUUUCGUUCAAUGACAGCGACCACUUUAUCGCCAGCCGCUCCUUCAGCAUCAAGAACACGGGCACCGAGGAAAUCAGCUACGAGCUUGGCCACACCAAAUCGACAACCGUCUACACCUUCGUCCCAGACGUCGCGCCCCUGACCCAAGCGCGGUUCCCGAGCCCCGUGGCCGACGACUGGGCCGAACUCACCUUCGCCGCAGACACCGUGACCAUCCCCGCCGGCUCCACCGCCGAAAUUUCAUUCACUGUCGCUCCGCCAUCCGGUCUGAAUAGCACGCUAUUGCCCGUCUACAGCGGUUACCUCACCCUAAACGGUACAAAUGGCGAGACCCUCUCCCUCCCUUACCUCGGCGUACUAGGCAGCCUGCACGACACACCCGUCCUGCAGGGCGGUGACAACAGCGGGGUAUACCUCAGCUCCACCGUGACCCAUUUCAAUAUCCCCGUAGCGGCCAAUAUCACGUUUUCCAUUCCGCGUCUGGGGUCGAACUCCACAGCUACUGACACCGUCUGGCCUAAGCUGCUCAUCAUACCAACGGUCGGCACGAAGUUUCUGCGUGUUGAUGUUGUGCCUUUGAGUAAGACAAGUCUGCCGACCACUAAGUGGUUGGGGUAUGAGACGGUGGGGCAAUUACCCGGCUCGCCGCGGACAUAUGUGGCGAGAACGGGGGGCACGUAUACGUGGGGAGGAUGGCUGGCGGAUGGGACGGUUGUUGACGAAGGGGGUUACGUGCUUGUUACAAGUGCGUUGAAGAUAUUGGGGGAUGAAGAGAAGGAGACAGAUUGGGAUGUGGUGGAGACGGUGCCGUUUUUUUUGAAGUAUGUGUAG